CGGCACGCGCCCCGUGCCCUGGGACCCCCUCAGGUCCUGUUCCUCUGCGCCGACCUCGGCCUCCGCCUCCUCGCCCCGCUAAUGCCCUUCCUGGCUGAAGAGCUCUGGCAGAGGCUGCCCCCCAGGCCUGGCUGCUCCCCCACCCCCAGUGUCUCGGUUGCCCCCUACCCCAGUGCGCGAAGCUUGGAGCACUGGCGCCAGCCCGAGCUGGAGCGGCGCUUCUCCCGGGUCCAGGAGGCCGCGCAGGCGCUGAGGGCCCUCCGAGCCACGUACCAACUCACCAAGGCCCGGCCCCGAGUGCUGCUGCAGAGCUCUGAGCCUGGGGAGCAGGACCUCUUCGAGGCGUUCCUUGAGCCCCUGGGCACCCUGGGCCACUGUGGGGCCGUGGGCCUCUUACCCCCGGGUGCAGUAGCUCCCUUUGGCUGGGCCCAGGCUCCGCUAAGUGACACAGUGCAGGUCUACAUGGAGCUGCAGGGCCUGGUGGAGCCCCAGACCCAUCUGCCUCUGCUAGCCGCCCGAAGGCACAAGUUGCAGAAGCAGCUCGAUGGCCUCAUAGCCAGGACCCCACCCGAAGGGGAGGCAGAGACUCAGAGGCAGCAGAAGCUGUCUUCGCUCCAGUUGGAGCUGUCGAAACUGGACAGGGCGGCCUGGCACCUCCAGCAGCUGAUGGAUGAGUCUCCAGCCCUGGGGGCUCGAAGUGUCCCUGAGGACAAACAGAUCGGUUAGCUGUCGGGAUGCAGUGGGACAUCAGAGGCCACGUGGCCCACUGGCUUCAUUUUGUACAUGAGGAAACAGACUGGCUUGGUCUCAGUGACUGGGGUCCUGACACACUCACGUUACUGCCCAGCCUCCCUCCUGUGCGGUCCCACCGAGUUUGGGAAUGAGGAGAUUCAGAUAAACUUUAAAAAUCACAAACAUGUCUGCUUGUGGUCCUUUUAUCCCCCUUUCCCCUAGUGGUGACUUUCUGGUAUCUCAGGUGUCCCCUGAGAGCUU